AUGGCGGUCCUUUCGGUGGCCGCCACCAGAAUUAGUGGUGUCAACUCCAGGGUCGGUUGCACUUAUUCCAAAGCAAGGUGUGAAAAGAUUCUCCCAUGCCACAAUUGGCUGGCUCCUGGGCAGUCCACGCAGCUUCAGGGGGUCCUAAUCACAUCAGCAGGCACCCGAAGGAGCUGCCACGUCCCCAGCAUGGGAGACCCCCUUCUUCGAGUAUGCGGAGAGCUGAUGGCAACUGCGGGGAGGAGGAAAGGACGGGGCUCAGCUUUGGCCUGCUCCUGCUCUGUCGAUCUCGCUUCCAACAUGUUUACAUUUGGAACCGCGAUGGUCGUCCCGUUCUACACGCUGAUGCUGGCUGCCCCAAAGUGGCGAGGGACGCGCAAGGUGAUGGACAGCGCAAUCCCGUACGUGAUUCUAGGCGCAAUGUACAUGUACCUGCUCUCUAUCUCGUGGACUCCAGAGCACCCCAAGCUCAUGUUCUCGAGCAAGUACUGGCUUCCGGAGUUGUCUGGGAUCACCCGCAUGUUCUCCAGCAUGCUGACCGUCUCCUCCGCCUGGAUCCACCUUCUGGCGGUCGACCUCUUCGCCGGCAGGAACAUUUACCUUGACAGCAUCACCCAUAAUCUGCCCAGCCGCCAUUCGCUCGUGCUCUGCCUCAUGUUCGGGCCGGUCGGGAUUUUCUCCCACCUUUUCACCAAGAAUAUUGUGAUGGCCUGGCGGAAGGCUACCAAAACGGAGAAGGACAACAGGGCGUCCGAAGCUGGGCCGAUCAACGUAUUUCCGAAUGAGCCUUUUGCGGGAUCAGGGCACCACGAACCAACGGUUGAUGGAGUCCGACCAUCAAAAGCGAGGGGGACAUGAGAAAGUCCGCUCAGGUGUUUGUCGUCAAAAGAGUGGAAUUAGUUGAGUCGACUGCCGGCCUACGUGCCAGACAAUUUUGAAAACUGAUUCAAUGCUGUUACAGUAGUACGACGAAGAGGUGAUGGCAACGGAGAAAGAUUACGGGCUAGAGCAGGUAUAAGCAUGAGCAACAUUAUUUGAGACAUCGUUUCCGAGUGAGGUCUUCAGAGUCUGGGACCAGAAGGGAUAUUACCCUUUGGAUCUGACAAGUGCACGCUGCUGCGGUCAUGCGACAAGCCAUAAGACAAUCCGGAUAUAAUAGUGCGCGUCAGGCCGCCUAUUAAGGGAAGCGUCGAUGAACUUUUUCAUCGGCAGGCUGCAUCUCAACGAAUGUACUUGAGUACGUUGAAAUUCAACAAGCUUGGACUCUGGACACGACCCCUUCAUCUGG